GGGAGCAGGAGGAGGGAGAGAGGAGGACACGCCCUCCUCUCUCCCUCCCCGCCGCAGCAGACCGAUGUGACCGUGUCAGUACCUGAGGACUGAAGCCUACCUGUGGAUCCUCUCCCGGCAGCACCAUGGGGAUCUCCGCGUCCAGUCUGCUGGAUGAGACCAAAUCCAACUACAUCAAAGGCCAGGCCGAGGCCGAGCUGAAGGACUUCAGUCCGUACUACAGGAAGCAGUUCUCGGUGGCUCGCUUCUCUCAGGUGGAAGAUGAUCUGGAGCAGCACAAAGAGAAGAUCACACAGCUGCUCCAGCAAAGGGAGGCUCUCGAGGCCGGCGAGGUUCUGUACGAAGAAGGCGUCCUUUACUUUGACGACACCAGGAAGUGGCGGGAGAGGUACGUGGUGGUGAGAGCCAAUUACUGCCUGGAGUGUCACGACAGUCUGGAGACUUUCGUUAAAGGAGUUCCUCCACGACAGAAGCUGCUGCCCACAGGGGGCGCUGUGCUGACCACGGAGGAGGCGUACAUGGCGAUGGUGGACAAAUGUUUCCCCGAUGACACCAAUGUGAAGGAGGACUUCGCUCCUCCUCUGUCGGGGAUGCCCGGACAGUUCCCCGUCUACCUUCGUCUGCCGUACAGGAGAGACUCGUACUUCUGCUUCAGACAACAGGCCAAACAAGCCGCCUUCCUCUCCAUCCUGUCCGACUGCAUCCGACACCAGAACCAAGACUUCCUGAAGAAGAAGACGUGCGAGGUGCAGGCCUUCCUCAAAGCCAUCCAGCUCUACAGACAGGACAAAGGCAAAUACCAGGCCUGGGACAUGCUGAUAGGAAGCGACAUCAGGGUGAUGGCCAACGUGGUGAUGGAGCAGCUGCUGCCGUCUCUGGAGAAAGACAUGCUGCCUCGACUCAAAGCCAAGAAGACGGAGAAGAAGAGAGUGUGGUUUGCUACAGUGGAGGCGGCGUACAUCCUGGUCCAGGAGCACCUGUUGGAGGGACUCUCGGCGCUGAAGGAGGAAUGUCGGACGUCGGUGCGGCAGCAGGAAGUCCUCAUCCACUCCGACAUGGACCAGAUCCUGGAGUCCAGGCGGCAGCUGGAGGAGAAAGUCCGAGCCAAAGUGUCGGAGCCGGCAGAGAAGCUGUGCUCCGAGUCCGUCCAGCCGUACCUGGGCUCGGUUCUGGAGGAGCUGAUGGAACCGGUCAGCUCCGGUUUCGAGGAGGGACGGCAGCUCAGUGAGACCAUGAUGGACCGGAUCUGUCAGGACGUCCUGCUGCAGGACGACAACGAGCAGCUGAAGAAGGCUCUUGCCGACAUGUUGAGGCCGAGCCUGCUGAGCUGCUAUCAGAAGAUCGGCUCCCUGCAGGAGAAACUGCAGCACCUGCAGGACAGGUUCGGAUUCUCCAACAUCACGGGGGUGAUCCACAGUGCUCAGAUCGACCUGCAGCAGCUGAUGAUGAACGCAGCGUACACGUUUGAGCAGCUGCUCUACAAAGCCGUGAAGGACAAUCCAGACAACGCGAGCUCGGCCAUCGAAAAGGCCAAACACCGAGUGCUGAAGCAAUAUGAUUACGACAGCAGCACGGUGAGGAAGAGGAUCUCCAGGGAGGCGCUCGUCUCCAUCACCCUGCCCUUCAUCAAGAAGAACCUGGCCCCGACCUGCAAGACUGAGCUUCAGGAUCUGGAACAGUCAGUCUACGCCGACCACUCCAACUUCAUCCAUGUUCAGAACGUGUAUGAGAGCAUCCUGCUGCAAACUCUGGACAAGGAGGUCACCAAAGUGGUGAAGGAGGCGGCGAGCCUGAAGAAGUACAACCUGUUCACCGACAGCAGAGACCUGCUCAGUCAGUCCAGCCGCUCCAGCCUGUCCUCGCCGCCCGUCUCCACUCCGAGCAGCCCCGCCAUGACGCUCGCCUCCCCCUCUAAAACCUCCUCUCCCCCGUCUCCUCUUGCGGUCAACGGUCUGCCGUCCACCCCCGAGAAGGAGCAGCAGCAGGAGGAGAAGGUGAACGGCGAGCUGCAGAGCCAAGCCUCAUCGACGGUCAUUGAGACGCCUCUGGGGAAGGUGGAACAAAAAGAGGCUGCUCAGAGUGUCGCCGUCAGUCAGGAGGCGGCGGCGUUACCGCCCCCCGAAGCUGAAGAUCCCGUCCAGACUGUGAAGGAAGAAGCAGUCGCCCCUGUUGCACUUGAAAGCCCGACUGUGGCAGAUCCAGCUGACCGGAGUGAGGUGCAGGAAGUGAACGUAGAGGCAGCUCCAGAGACCGUGAUCCAAGACGAGGUCUCUGUCAUCACAGAAACAGUCGAGACGUCGGCCGAGCCUCAGACCCAGAGCGCUGACGCCCAGAAAGAAGCAGAGACCACUCUGCCAGAAAUCCCCCCCGCUGGAGAAAGUAGAAAAACAGACGUGGAGGCGGCAGCAGCACAGACCAAAGCUCCUGCACCAAGUCCUGAUCCUGCAAAUGAACCAGAAGCUCCUGCACCAAGUCCUGAUCCUGCAAAUGAACCAGAAGCUCCUGCACCAAGUUCUGAUCCUGCAAAUGAGCCAGAAGCUCCUGCACCAAGUUGUGGAUCUACAAGGGAGCCAGAAGUUCCUGCUCAAAGUCCCGGGUCUGCAAAUGAAGCAGUUAUCACGUCAGCUGAAGGCGCUCAGUGCCAAACUGCAGCCGGCAGUGAAGAACAGAGCGACUGUGGAAACUCUGAGGUCGAGCUCGAGGCUCCCUCUGGUGGACAAACACUUGAACUCACACCUGCAGACGACGGCCUGGACCUGAAGCAAGAGGAAACAGAACCAGUAACCGUCUCAGACCCAAACUCUCUGGAUGUGUCCGUAGGAAGUGAGUCGGCUCCGUCAGAUUUGGAGUCCGUGGAUGAAGUCAAGGCGACACAGAGCAGCGAGGAUGAAGUCUCGACGACCUCUGACGUAUUGGAGGACGAGGCCAACCUCAGUAAAUCACCCGAGAGCUCCGACGAACCGGCUGAGGACAGAACCACGAGCGACAAGCCGCCGUCCCCUCAGGCCCAGACAGAAGCUGUGAGCGGGGACGUCAAGGUUUGCGGGGACGUCGAGGUUAGCGGGGACGUCGAGGUUAUCGGGGACGUCGAGGUUAGCGGGGACGUCGAGGUUUGCGGGGACGUCGAGGCAGCAGCGAGCACGGAGCCGUCGGUGGAGGCAGCUGAAGCUAGAACCGCUCAGUCCUCUGAGCCCGCCAAAGAGGAAACCCCGUCCAGCCCUGAAGAGCCUCCCCUGGACUCCAUCAAGGAGAUCCGGGACCUGGUGGUGGAAGUGAUCGAGGUGGAGGAGCUGGUGCAGCGUUACCCGAGCGGUAUUCCUAAAGAGGAGUGAAGCUUCGUGAGCGAUCGCAGCCGCGUUACCUGAAGAGAACCAAACCAUCAUCGGCAGCUUCAGUCCGGAACAAACCGCCUCACAAACACGGACGCGCUCCCCAGAAACUUUCCCGAAAGCUUCCGUGAGCUUUUUAAAACACAUAUGCAUGAAAACUGUGGUAAAUUAUUUAAACGGCUCGUAUCACAAAUCGACAUAUUAACGGUGACUGUGACGGAUUUCUUUUUGUUUCAACAUUACAUUCAAGUUUUUAGAAAAUUCAAUUACAACUAUUUUAACACGUGACGCGUCGUCGCUGUGUGGACGACGUGGACGUGAAGAUGGAUCAUCGUUAGCGUAGCUUAGCAUAAAGACUGGAAGCUGGGGGAAACAGCUAGCCUGGCUGCAUACAGAGUGUGUUACUGGAAUAUUACUGAUGCUUCAUUUUAACAGUGUGACCUGAUCCACUGCAUCAGAUCUGAUCAACUAAUCAGAUGUUUGACUUCAAAUCAGAUUACUUAGUACUUAUUCACCUUCCAACAGUAGUUUUGAUAUUUCCAGCUCAUAAAACCAAACACAGACAAAUUCAUUUUCGAACUUUAGAGGCGUUUCCCUCGUGCACUUUCAAACUUAGACUGAGCCAGGCUAGCAGUUUCCCUCUGCUUACAGUCUUUGUGCUAAGCUAGGCUACGAUCCACAUCAUCCUCCCUCGAGUCCCAGAUGAAGCUGGAGCAGAUGUUUGAACAUAUUCGACCUCGUGCAUGAAGCCAAAUUAAAAAUCCUCUUUAUAGUUUCAACAGUUUAUUUCUUUUCGGAUCUACUGAAGGAUUGUAACUAAAAAGGAUUGUAACUAAAAAGGAUUGUAACUAAAACGGACUGAAGAAGCGGCUCAGAGUGCCUUUAUAGUACCUCCAUGUUGCCUUAAAUCACAUGACGACGGACGCCAGCCUCGUCGCGUGGAUGCGGUUGCCAUAGAGACCGGUCCAUCGGAGUCUGAGCAGCAUCAGCUCCGCCUCUGUGCCUUUUUACCUGUAGAGCUUCUUUAUAGAGACGUCAGGACAGUUUACAGGGAGGAGCCGUGACCGCAGACUGUCACCAGAUGAAUGUUGGUGAAUGGAAACAUUGUGUGCAAAUAUUAAUAAUAAAACCAGAGUCUUUAAACAAA